AAAUUUUGCUGAAAAAUUCUAUAAAGAAUCUAUUUCUUAGAAAUCUUAUGAGUAACAGAGGUUAGAUAAACACUAAAUGUGACCCAUAACUAUACAAAGUAAUAAUUUAGAAGUUAGAGUAAUUGUAGAGAUUGCUCUUCUUUCUGUCUAUUCUGUUCCCCUACAGACGUCUGCACAUGAAUAAUGUCUCGUGCUAAUAUGUGAACUACUUCCUUAUUGCAUAUCUGGAUGAGGUAUGGUGAAAAAGUGUAGAUAAAAUAUUUUAAUUCUGCAGGAAUUGUACUAAUUACUUUUAUUAUUAUUAUUAUUUUCAAUAUUUUGAUGUUUUUUUUGUUUUUGUUUUAUUAAGGUGCCUGAUCAUGAAAUGUCAGGUGAUGGACUUGGAAAUGAUAAUAAUGGAGAUGAUGAUGACAGUGAUUUUGAUAUAGAUGAAACUGAUCUUGAAUCAUAUUCAACAGUACUUGAAGCUAAUGAAGAUAUUGAUGAAUUUCAAAUAUUUUGUGAAAGUUUACAAAAACUUCAAUCGGAUACAACUGGUUACAAUCAAGCUCUAUUACAAAAUCUUACAGCUGAACAACGAACACAAAUUCAAAAUAUAAUUCAUUAUACAGAAAAACGAAAACAAGAAAAAGAAUCGAAUAAACUACGUGAAGCUGGUGGUUAUAAUUUUUCUCAAGCAGCUCUUGUUGGACAACCAACGAAUUUCAAUUUUGGUGGUUCAGCAAAUACAUCAUUUCAAAAUCCGAAAUGA